GCUCAGAGCUAGCAGGUACAGGCGCUCUCCGCUCUCGCACCUGCGUCCCCCGCAGCACAGGCAUUGCCCCUGCGCCCGUCAACCUCGCCCCUUCUUCCCGUCCUCUACGCCCGUAGAGGCCCGAACAGGGUGCGUGCGCCUUACACGGUGAGGCAAACACCAACCACCCCACCAACCGACGGGCUGCUACUAGGCCCGACCGACGCCAUGGCCCAUUCAACGCGGUUUGCUGUUCUCGCAGCCGUCGCCCUCCUCGCGCUAUGCCCUUCCGCGCACGCAGUAAAGGCCGCCGUCGCUCCGCUCUGCGCGCUCACGAGGCUUGCGCCGAAGAAGCCCGUCGUUCCGCCGUCGCGGUGCCCGGCGGCGGCGGAGCUGUCGUGCUGCUCCGACUGCCUGGACACGAGUGUGGCGCUUCAGCUCGUGUCGUCGAAUCUCGCGGAGGUGGUCAACCAGAUCAACCCCGCCCUCGGCAGCUUCAUCGGCGCGAACCUCACGGUGUGCGACGCGUUCAAGGCGAAUCCCAAGUGCAUGCUCAUGAUCGAGUCGAUCGUCUGCGCCACCAAUUGUAACCCAGAUUCGGGCACCUACGUCACGAAGACCGGGGGGAACAUCAUCAUGUCGGUCUGCCCGGAAUUCGCAACUGCGACCUACGACGAGUGCAAAGGCGUCUCGAUCAGCGGGUUCUUGCUGGGUGAGCUCAUCCUUGACCCGCUGGCCAUGAUGAGCAUGGUGGUGGCCAACGUGGUCAAGGUCAUGGGCGUUGACAACUUCAACAUCACCGUCGCCCCUGGCUCGUGUUUCACGGGUGCUACACCCACCCCGUCCUACACCCCCUGCUGCGACCCGCUCGUCGUCUCCCCCAAGUGCCCCGCGGGCGCGGUGGAUACAGUCAAGUAUGCGGCCUACAUCAACCGCCCCAUCGACACCGCCGCCUGCACAGCGGCUGCUGCCCCCCCGCCAUCUGCUGGGUCCGGGGAACCCCCCAGCGCCGCUCCCGCGCCUUCCACCGGGUCCGGGAACCCCCCCAGCGCCGCUCCCGCGCCUUCCACUGGGUCCGGGAAACCUCCCGGCGCUGGCCCCCCGCCUUCCAACGACUCUGUGGAACCCCCCAGCGCCCCCCCCGCGCCUUCCACUGGUGGCACUUCCCCCUCGCCUGCUGCGCCUGCUCCCGCUGAGGGAACUCCCUCCGAGGCUCCCCCACCUGAGUCUCCCAGCACUUCCCCCUCGCCUGCUGCGCCUGCUCCCGCUGAGGGAACUCCCUCCGAGGCUCCCCCACCUGAGUCUCCCAGCACUUCCCCAGCCUUGCCUUCGCCAGCAGUGCCGCCUCCCAGUCCUGCCAUCCCUUCCCCUCCUCCGCCGCCCAAGUCGGGGGCUGCGUCCCCCGUUUCGCUGCUGUCGGUUGCGGCGGCUCUGGUGGUUGGCGCUGCAGUAAUGUUCGUUUAAGGGUGGGUGGUACGGCAGUGUCAGCUCGGGUGGUGUAGAGUUGGUUGCUCCUGAUGAAGUUGGGUAGAGGAGAAAUUGUUACCCAUGCUUAAGUGGUUCGUUUCGGUUUGGUGCGGUGGGAAAGUGGACGCAAGGAGUUUGCGUUGGUUCAGUGGUGCUGGAUGGUGUGUAAUUUAUGAACAUCUCAUCUUACCACUAUUUUGUAUGGAUGGGAUAUUGAAGUAGCGAGGUGAACUCUAGCAAGGCAUACCAUGGUGGUGAAGGUUUGGUGUUGUA